UUCAAUUUUGUAUAACACAAAUACAACGAAUCACGAUCUGGUAUCGUCGAUACCAGAAUAAAACUUUUCCAUCACUAGCUUUUUUAUCGCUUUGUUGGUAGCAUUGAUUUGAUUUGACUUGACGUUUCGUAAAAUGUUUUAUUUUUGUAUCAAAUUAGUUGUGGUGUUUAACUAGUUUUUAAUUAUAGUUUCCUACACUGUCAGUCCUUCAGAGGCUGCUGUCUUCCAUAAUAUAAGUGAAAAUGAUGAUUUCGCGGUCGAAGCACCGCUCGUCGGUGGAGGUGUGUGCAGAUUGCGGAGCAUCGGAUCCGUCGUGGGCGUCGAUCAACCGAGGCCUGCUGCUGUGUGCGGAAUGCUGUAGUGUGCACCGCAGCAUGGGACGCCAUAUAUCACAUGUCAAGUCCCUGCGGCAGGGUACUUGGCCACCGUCACUUCUGGCUAUGGUCCAAGCUCUCACCGCACAGAAUGUGAACAGCAUAUGGGAGCACUCCUUGCUUGACACUUCAGCACCCAAACAUCUCCGCAAGAAGCCACAAGCUAAAGAUCCUUUACACCCUAUAAAAUCGGAGUUCAUCCUAUCAAAGCACCUCCGGUUAGCCUACGUGCUCCGAGCACGGCGGGACGAGCCCCCGGCGGAGCUGGCGCGGCAGCUGCACAGCGCCGUGCGGAGCGCCUCGCUCGACACCGCCAUGCGGCUGCUGGCCCAGGGCGCCGACCCUAACUACUACAACCAGGAGAAAGGUAACACGUGCCUGCACGUGGCGUGCCGCGCGGGGCAGCCGGCGCAGGCCGAGCUGCUGGCGGCGUGGGGCGCCGACCCCACCGCGCGCGACCAGGACGGCCUCACGCCUAUCGAUGCCGCCAGACAAGGCGGGCACACAGAGCUCGCCGCUCGAAUGGUAGAACUAGUAUACGAAGCCACCGACCGCCUCAUACAGUUCCUGACGGGUUCGCGUCCGGACCACGCCACUGGGAAACACUUCGCCGUGCCACGGGCAUCAGAUGCGCAUGAAAUGACUGAUGUGGCUAAGGCUGCGAGGGGAAAACUGCAACUUUUACCAAAUCACUUAUUUGAAGAGCUCGUAAUGGAUAUUUAUGAUGAGAUUGACCGAAGAGAAACUGAAGCCAUAUGGCAGACCAGCGGAACAGGGCUGGAGCGCUGCGGCGUGGUGUUCCUGCCGGUGAACCCCGCGCUGUCGGCGCCGCGCAACCAGGGCCGGCAGAAGCUGGCGCGGCUGUCGGGCGCCGAGCUGGGCGCGCUCUGCCGCGACGUGCUGCUCGACGCCACGCGCCGCCAGCACGUCGCCUCCUUGCAGCCGCACGCAUUAAUGGGCCCGCUAAACCCGUUGCUGUCAGCGAGCCACCUGAAGCACGUGUCUCAGAUGUCGGACGACGAGCCGCUGUACGACUCCGUCGCGUCGGACGACGACUACGCUGCGCUCGCGCCCAUCGACCUCGAUAUGAGUUUGGUUCCGAGAGCCGGCGAGACAGUCUCCUCAACAUACAACCCUUCUCUCCCCAUCGAGCACUCCACCAGCUCCGAUCUCCGCUUCAGUUCUCUACACGGCAAAGAAGACGUGGUCUCUCUAAAGAAAGAACUAGACAGCAGGGACUCGACAAUUACUGAGCUUAAGAACCAACUCAAGAACCUACAAACCAUAGUCGAGCAACUCACUAAAGAAAACAGCGUUUUAAAAACAAACAGUAUAGACGAUAACAACAGCUUAACCUCCCAAACAGACAUAACCGACAACGUUUCUAGCUUCGACAACGGCUUAGAUACAGCCUGCAAGCCCCCCGAGAGGGGCCGGAGUUUAGAAACGGACCAACUCACGCUUAGCGCCGAAGAGGCGGACUUAAAGCAGGCCCUCAAGAGCUCCCAGCGACCGGUCAGUAUGUAUGAGACUAGGGAGGGACCAAAGAAUAACUGGCACGUUACUAAACACCAGCUAACGACUCUCUCGAGCCUCGAUCGCUCGCUGACACAGAGCGUGUUAGAAUCCAAUGAAGUGCUACCCACGGCCGAGAUGGUCCACCGACGGGCUGAGGCGGUGACGCGAGGCAUACAGGAGCUGUGGGCGGCGGCGCGCGAGCUCGGGCCGGCGCGGCUCAGUGAGCGCGCUGAGGGCAUACGGAAGGCGGUCAGGGCGCUGCUCACACUGUUUCCUCAAACAUGUUCAGACCGCGAGCUGGAGGCGGCGCUGAGCUCGCUCCGCAGCAGCGGCGCGGCGCUGACGGCGGCGUGCGGCGCGGCGGCCGCGCUGGACGACGUGCGCGGCGCCGCCUACGAGCUGGCGCGCGCCACCAAGCUGCUCGUCACGCACUUCCACCUCGACUCCUAGCGAACACCGCGCUACACCACGGUGUAAGUGGUGUCCACUUUACUGUGAGUGGCUUUGACAAUUUUGUGACUCGUUGGUGUCGUAGCAGCACUUGUGACGUGACGCGACUCAAUACAUGGACUCCGGAGCGAACGUCGUACAACGCGAUUUAAGUGUCACCCUGCAGCUUAAAAGCCGCGGUCGCUCCGAAAAAAAUACACUGUGAUGUAUGCGGGAACUUGGUGAGUUUACAUACCUUCAUAAUUAUGAAUCAUUCAGGGCUCUCGGUUAAACUAUGUUAAGGUAUUAGCUGAAUGGACCAUCUGUAUAUUUUAAUGAUGUUCGUUCAUGUUUCAUAAAAGCUUGUUCAGCGGCAGAUGUUCAAAUUGAUCUACACACGCUCUUAUUGUCUUGACAAUAAAGUUGUGUUUACAUACUGACUGUAAUUUGUAAUACAAGCGUCUUUUACUAAUUUAACUUGAAAGAUGCUUUCACCUGUAUUGCAAGCUCUCAUGAAACGGGCCACUCAUUACGCCCUUUUGUUCAUUCACAGUUCCAUCUGGAUUCCAAGCGUAGAACUCGUAGAAAUGACAUAUUGGAAAGGAUAAUGGAACUGUGUAAACUGAGACAGGAAACAUUAAUAAUCGCGGGCCCGAUCAUGAAUUCAUCAAUUGAUUAUACGCAAAUAAUAAGAAUAACAUUUAUUACAUAAUUUCAACUACAAUAUGGUUGAUUAGUACGAGUGUUGGUUGUGUACAAGACUUGCUUCCGUUAAAGUAUUAUUUUUAUAGAUUAUUUUUGCUUUUUGGAUGUGAAAUCAAUUUUCGCUGAGUGAAAUGUGUUCGUGAUUAUGAAUUAAAAAGUAUUUACAUACAUUGAAUCGAAAAGAAUAACGUUUGCGUUAAAAUAGUGUUGUGUUUGUUACUCUGAAGGUCGAACUUCGUUAAGAUAAAAUACGUGAAGUAUUUUUUUUUUAUAAGAAUAUAAAUGAGUAGGUAUGAUAUUUUAAAAUGCAUUUCAUAUUAUAUCCCCCAGUGGUAUCACUCUUAUUACAUUGAGAUUAUAUUACAUUUUUUGCUUAAGAAAAUAUAUAUUAGCAUUUAUUCAGAUUUUAUCAAAGGCUAUGAAAUUCUUGUUAAUAUAAAUAACGUUAAAUGUAUCCCCAGUGACAAGGUGUAUGAAAUGAGAGUAAAGAAGUGUGAACGUUAUUUACCAAGGCUUAAGGUUGUUUUUUCAAUUCAAUUAAAACAUGUAAAAACUCGAUCUAAUAUUAUUUAACAAGUGGCUAUUAUUCAGCCAUGAUAUAAGUUAAUUCAGUAAAUAUAUUUUUAGUUUCUGAACAAUUGUUCCUUAAUUGCACGUCUGUGCAAAACGAUAAUGUAUAAAAUUUAGUUGGUGUAGGAGUAAUUUUUUUAGAAGAUAAGUUACUGUAGUAUACCAUAUACACAUGUAGGUAGUUGUUAUGUUUGAGCUUAAUAAUUAUUAAAGUUUCACAUUAUUUGUUCGUAUUAAAAAUAAUGAGGAUUUAUCAAGCGUGAGUGGACACAUUCUUACUCAUAUCAAAGAGAAUUUGAAAUAGAGGUGGAUUGUCAAAGAAAAUUUUGUAGCGACAGUAAAUUUACUGCCAUCUUUCGACACAUGAUUAAAACUGUUAGAACGCCAUUUGACUUUGAUCCCUAUUCUUUCAUUGAUAUGUGUUAAAUUUCUUAAUUAUCAAUAAGUGGCGCCAUCUUACCGGGCAUCGGCUAAAGCUUGUGGCGCCAUCGCUCGAAACGAUGCCGCCGUACCUUUGGCCUUGUGAUCUAUUAGAUGGCGCCACUUUUUGAUAUUUAACACAUAUCAGUGAAAGAAUAAGGAUCAAAGUCAAAUGGCGUUCCAAAAGUUUUAAUCAUGUGUCGAAAGAUGGCACUAAAUGUAUUGUGUCUACAAAGUUUUCUUUGACAAUCCACCUCUAUUUCAAAUUCUCUUUGCUCAUAUUUAUAAGAAGAUAAAAAGUCAUAUGUAUAAGAAGAGAAAAUUCGAACACGAAGAUGAGUAGCGUGCUUCCAAUUUAGUUAAGAUUCACUCAAAAUUGGACCUUUAACAAUUCAGUUAUCACAAAACACGGUGCAGUGCUUCAGCUGUCAAACUCGGGACACGAUUUUUUCUUGGACUUAACUCAUCUUACGCAAUCAAUGAAAUUGUUUAACUAACAAUAUUUUGUGAACUUUAAUAAUUAUUAAGUUUCUCGCCAUUAAAUUGAGAUAUAAAAUAUAAAUAUAAUGGUUGGUUCGUUGUAAUUCGUAAAGUAACUCAAGUGCCAUACCCAGUGCGGGUCGAUUCGGCUGUAUUGGUCUAACCAAAGCUAACGCUUCAUUGUCACAAAUUAAUCUUUAUAUAUUCUAUAUCGUUAACCCUUUGAACGCCAGACGGCGAAGGAAUGUGCAGUGCCCCGGACGCCAGGCGAGAAUUAUUUAAGCGAAAUUGAACUUUACGAAGUCCCGCGUAAGUCCCUAUUGCAUUGGCGAAGCUGACGGCUGUGGCCGUCGUCGGCCUCCUUGGCAAGACUUUCUGAUGAUGUCCACAGCCGUCUGGCGGUCAAAGGGUUCAAAUGUGAACUAUUAUAUCACGUGGCUCUGUCAUUCUGUCAAUCAUGUAACACCAUGAAUACACAAAUUUAAUAUGAAUGGAUGUACAGCGCGCUGUAAAACUACAUGGACAUUAUAAAUGGAAUUCAUUCAUAAAGUGGCCAUUCGGUUUUUCAGCCCGGUGUACAGUCGCCAUCAGAUAUAUCAGAGCGGCCGAGGUGCUCACAAAUAUCUGAACACGCCUCUAUUGUCACGGCGCUAGAGUACGUGUUCAGAUAUUUGUGAGCACCUCGGCCGCUCAUAUAUAUCUGAUGGCGACUGUACCAUCGUCCAUACUGUAAAAAUGACGACUCGUAAAUCUUAUUGCAAUGAUAUAAGGUCCACCGAUGGUUAAUUUUGAAGAGUUUUGGUGUUAGUAUGUCAGAACGAACGACGGAGCCACGUGGUUUUGUUUUACAUUAAUUCUAAUGCUUAAUAAGAACAUAUUACAAACUUUAGAUAUAGUAAAACAUUCGAAAUUAAUCCUUGUGUAAAUAUAACAAAGACGUUGACGGGUCGUGUAAAAGACGAAUGAAAUUAAACGGUAUGUCAAUGUCAUAAAAACUAUGACACGUAACUUGCCUCACUUUAUUGGCAAGGUGCGAAGUCGGUGGAGGGAGAAGUGGCGCUGAUUGUCACAAACACAUGCAAUCUUAUGGAACAUCAAACAUUAAUGCCAGUGGCAGCCGUUGGAACUAAUUUUACUCCAUAAGAUUUAACGUAGAAAAGCCGAUAAAAUGAGGGCAGCACCAGUCGUGCACAUAGCGGAUAAUAGCGCUCGCGUCGCGUCAUUCCAUUCCAUGUGUUCUUUGUUAGUAUAAUUGUCAACUGUUUGAACUAAUAUGGGUCUUCUGUCAUUGUCAUAAAACAUAUUUUUCAAUAAUUUUAGCUUGUAUAUGACGUAACAUGUAUAUUUCGUUAUAAGACUAAGCUGCAUUAAUUUUGAGAUUUAAAUUCUAACUCUGCACUUUGAUCUUAAGAAACGAUAGAGAUUCCAUGUAUUAUUAAUAUACAUAAUUAUAUGAAUAUGUUUGAUUAUAAAUGUUAACAUGUAAAAUAUUAUCAGUGCAUACAUUUAUACAUUAUAAGAUUAAAUAUCAGACUUUAUUUUUGCUCGAGAUUGUAUUUAAGUUUAAAGUAUAAAUAACGCAUUUAUUAACAUUUAUAUUAAAUAGUAUUUUUUUAAUGAUUUCUCACAUACUACUUAACGCUUAAGACAUGUAACACAAGUCUAAAAUUUACUCUUCACUGUAUUUUACAUAUUCUCCUUACGAAAUACAUAUAUUAGUAAGCAUAUAAGAGGCACCACAUCCCCAGACAGUUAUCUACCAGUGUAAACGUGACUCUAUUUCCUAUUAAAUAAGGUUCAUUGUCGCUGGCCCCCGCAGGUGCCUCGGAACUGACUCGGGUAUCUUGUGACUAUAUACGCUUUUGGGAUAACACUAGGACAGGUUAGUGAAAGCUUUGGUAUAUGUAAUCUGUGGGGACAACGGGAAUUGAAUAUUUUAUAAUCAGUCAUUAAUUACUUACCCAAUCUCCAAAUGGAGUCCCCAGCACAGAUGCUGCAAUUCUUAAAAUAUGAUUUUCGCUUAGACGGACCACCCACAGAUUGGACAUUUGUAGUAAUUACUUACUACCCUCAUUAUAAGUCAAAUCGAAGAAACCAAGCGUUGGAGAUGGGCUGACAUUAGUUUACUUACUUCGAAAACAAACUAACACGCUGCAUACUGUUCUAAGAGCCAUUUUCGCCAUCCAGGGUUAGCCGGGGUAAACCGGUUAAACCCAGAGUUACCAGUACAAUUUAGCCCUGUGUUAACGGUUAACUCCGAGUUAGUUUCUAACCCUGGAAUGUGCAAGAUCUCCUAAGUUCAAUAAGUGAUUUAAAUGUUUAAUUCCCGUUGACCUGUUUGCGCAUAUUAGUAGUAGAAUGUUGCGAAAUCGACGGAGUUCUGACGCGAUUCGUACCGUAGACUCCAGUGCUUGUACCCAGUACACUCGAAAUUUAACGAUCGUGCCUAAAAUGUUAAACUAUUCAUACAUUUGUUAGAACCUAGAUACCUAACAUAAUAUUUACUAUAUCAGUUGUAGAUUUUUUAUAUGACCGUUUCAUAUAUUACCUAUGUUAUAGAAAUUGAAUGUACGUGUCUAGAUACGAUGUGAAAUUUAUAUAUUUAGCUUUCGUACGAAUUGUAAUAAGUAUUUGUGAUGUGCCAAUGUUUAUGUAAAAGACCUAGGUUAGUAAGUAGGUAGACACGCUAAGUAAGAAUUCCUGCCUUCAAGUAAAUCAGCUUCAUAUAAACCAGUUUGUAAGACUUGCUGGACAUUGUUUUAUCCACAUCAGCACAGUGGAUAUUUAAAAGAAAAAAAUGGAUAUUCUCAAGAAGUUAAAAUUUCAGAAUGACAAAGUUCUAAACAAGGUUAGAUGGGGUAAGAGAAACAUCGGGACAUGAAAAACACUUGUAGAGAAUCUACUAUUUAUCUUGCCCUUACAACAUAUAUUUAGAACUUUAUUAUACUCAAAUUUAUUUUCCAUUCCUCUUCAAACAGAAACGAUCAGAAUUUAGUAAAUUCACCAGCAAACUCAGAUCCAUCGGUUCGUUAUAUAUAUUUCAAUACAGAUAUUGGACCACCCAACCACAGCCUUAAUUUUGUUACUUUGCGCAACUAGCAAAGGAAGCAGGUAUUCUUUAGCUCCAUACGAAAUUUACUAGAAUUUGUAUCGUUUAACAUAUAAAAUUCUAUUGAUUAUUA